AUGUUCAUAAACGAUAACGGGGAGUCACUAGCCGGAAACUUUCUUCUAUUUGCCGAUGAUGUUAAGUUCUUCAAGGAGGUGACUUCAAUCCAUCAACAACAUGAGCUCCAGGAGGAUCUGCUUAGGAUAGAACAGUGGUGUGGUAGGAAUGCUAUGCAACUGAAUGCUCAUAAAUGUCAAGUAAUAUCAUUUGGAAGAUCAAAAACUUUGCUGCACUUUGACUUCUCUUUGUAUGGCUUGUUACUGGAUAGAGUGACAGUUAUAAAGGACUUGAGGUUGUACAUGACACCAUCCUUGGAUCCAGGUAUACAUAUCACCAAGACUUGUUCUAAAGCCAAUUGUGUUCUAGGGUUCAUUUCCCGAACAUCAAGAAACGCCCUAACUCCUGCAACAUUGAAGACCCUCUACGUGACUCUUGUUCGUCCCAUUGUUGAAUAUGGUUCUACUGUCUGGGCUCCCCAACAGAUUGGACAUUGCGACCAUCUAAAUAAAGUUCAGAGGCGUUUUCUGCGAUUGGUAGGAGUUAGAAGUGGCAUCCGUUAUCCUGAUAUUGAUAUACAGGUUAUUGCAAGCCAACACCAGAUCCUUUCGCUUUCAUCUAGAAGGGUGGCUCUUGACCUUAUAUUUCUAUUCAAGAUUUUCAAUAGUUUGGUUGAAUGCCCUGAGCUCCUGCGUCACAUAGACCUUCAUGUAUCUGCCGCAACCCGCCUUCUGCAGCCUUUCUCCAAGCACUCACACCAGACUGUCUACGCCUACCAGAGUGUAAUUCCACGUCUGCUGCGUUUGGGAAAUGCUGCCCACCGGUUGGAAUACUUUGGCGUAUCCAUGCUGGUGUUUCGGAGGCGGGUCUUCUCUUGGGUGUCUGAGCAUGAUGCACAUUGA